UUGCCUUCUCUUCUUGCUGAUUGGUUACUUCGAAUUAUAGUAUCGUGAUAAACUAAAGGAUAUCUGAAAUUAUCUGUAAAUUUGAAGAAAAUGCUAGAACCUGCUCAUAUUAAAUAUGCUAAUCCUCUCUAUGGUCAAUUAAUAGUUGGACCACCUGGUAGCGGGAAAACUACAUAUUGCCAUCAUGCAUUCAAAUUUUACAAGGAAUUGGGACGCCGAAUAGGCAUUGUUAAUCUUGAUCCUGCUAACGAAAAUAUGGAAUAUAAAGCAGAGAUUGACAUAAUGGAGCUUAUUACCGUACAGGACGUAAUGGAUAGUAUGCAUUUGGGACCAAAUGGCGCUUUAAUGUAUUGUGCAGAAUUUCUAGAAGAACAUACAGAAGAUUGGUUAUUGCCUUUAUUGAAUAAAGCUAAAUGCAAUUAUUUUUUAUUCGAUUGCCCCGGACAAAUAGAAUUAUAUACUCAUCAUGCCUCCAUGUCUCAUAUAUUUGAACGUUUACAAAGAGAUGGUUAUCAUUUGGUAACGGUUAAUCUAAUUGAUUCCCAUUAUUGUUCAGAGCCAUCGAAGUUUGUCUCUACACUUUUAAUGGCUUUAAAUAUGAUGUUACGCAUGGGUUUACCGCAUGUUAAUGUCUUGUCAAAAGCCGAUUUGCUUAAGCGGCAUGAGCAUAAAUUAAAAUUUAGUUUAGAUUUCUACACUGACGUUUUGGAUUUAAACUAUCUUUUAGAAGCUUUGGAUGAUUCACCUUCGCUAAGAAAGUAUAAAAAACUGAACGCAGCUAUUUGCUCUAUGGUUGAAGAUUAUUCAUUGGUAUCGUUUCAACUUUUGAAUGUUCGGAGCACUGAAAGCUUGUUACGUCUACGCAAUCACAUAGAUAAAGCUAAUGGUUACAUUUAUAAAGCCGGCGAAGAGCAAUCAGUGAAUACAUUAUUGGCUUGUGCAGUGAACGCAGAAACCGAAGUAACAAGGCAAAAUAAAGACAUUGAACCUUAUAUGUAAGAAAUAAAAUGAAAAACGCACCUAAAAAUGCUUUUGAAUGAAGAAAUCAAUUGCAGAAGGGGAAAUUGUAUUUCGUUAUCGCUCAACUGUUUACCAUUUACCAUCAUUUUUAUUCAAUCAACAUGUAUCUAUUAGGAAAAGGAAAUUUAGAUGGAUGCAAGGAUGUGCACAGGGUAAUAGGUAUUUGAACGUCAAGAAUUCCUACUUGAGUUUCCAUUUUCGUUGUUUGAAUUUACUUUAACGAUAAUGAAAAGAACACAUUUUUGUCAAUAUAAAUCCGCUUAGCAUGUGUACUCGACUCUAUACGAACUCUCACUUAAAUGCAUUUGGUGGAUACAUGCAACAAUAAAACCUAUACUAUUAUUGAAUAACAAAAGA